AUGAGCUCCGAUCUUCAAUUCAAAGGCUACGCCAUCCACGACACCAAGAAGUUCACCGAGUUCGAGGUGAUUGACUUCCAGUGAGUUUCCAGCUCGGUUGGAUCUUUUCCGAUCCGACUCGUUCUCUCGGUCGCCCCAGGUUGCUGCCUCCGAGUCGCGGCGCCACUGCGACUCAGACUGGGUCAGCUACCGCUGGUCCAGGCAUGAAGAACGAUUCAGGAGCAGUUUGGUCGUAAACAACACUAACCUCAUGUCGACUCCCUCCACCUCAACCAGGCCCAAGACUUUCGGUGAUUACGACAUCGAGAUCAAGGUCAGUUUCUUCGCGGGCACGACGAGCAUGUCUCAACUGUGAUCGCCGAGGCUGACAUUAUCGAGUUACUCGCAACUCUUUUGAAAAUAGAUCAACUGCUGUGGUAUCUGCUCUUCCGAUGUUCACACCAUCACGGGUGGCUGGGGUGAACCCAUUCUUCGUGAGUCAACCGAUAGUUUUCAGGCUCAGCGCACCAGUCCCAGUUCAGCUUAUUAAUCGUCUUCCUGCGAUUCUCAAAAUAGCCAUGAUCACCGGUCACGAAGUGGCGGGUGUGGUUACGCGCGUUGGCUCGAAGCACUCUGGCGAGUUCAAGGUCGGUGACCGAGCCGGUGUCGGCGCCCAAGUCUGCUCGUGCUUCGAGUGCGAUCCUUGCAAGACCGACAACGAGAACUACUGCGUCAAGGGCGGCGUCGACACCUACAACGCCAAGUACGAGAACGGAGAGAUCGCCCACGGUGGUUACUCGACCGGUAUCCGUGUCCACGAACGCUUCGUCUUCAAAUUGCCCGACGCGCUUUCGGACGAGGAUGCGGCCCCUAUGCUCUGCGGUGGCCUGACCGUCUUUGCCCCGCUCAAGAACCACGGCGUCAAAGAGGGCAGCAAGGUCGCGAUCGUCGGUAUCGGAGGACUCGGUCACUUUGCCGUUCAGUUCGCCAAGGCCCUCGGUGCCGAGGUCACGGCUUUCUCUCACCAGGCCGACAAGGAGAAGGAUGCGCGAGCGAUGGGCGCCUCGGACUUUGUGCUGACGUCCAAGAAGGACUUUGCCAAGGACUACGCGCAAAAGUUCGACCUCGUACUCUCGACCGUCGACGAUGCCGCCGGAUUGCCGAUCGCCGAAUUGAUCUCGAUGUUGCGCCUGUUCGGUGUCUUCCACUCGGUCGGCCUGCCCGACAAGCCGGUCCCUGAGCUCAAGUUUCAGGAGCUGGCCGGCAACGGCGCGUCGAUCGCGGUCAGCCACAUCGGGUCCAAGAAGCAGGCCAACGAGAUGCUUGCUUUGGCCGCCGAGAAGGGCGUCAAGACGUGGAAGGAGAUCCUCCCGAUGAAGGAUGCGGGCAAGGGUGUGCAGGGCGUCAAGGACAACAAGGUCCGAUACCGCUACGUCCUCAAGGUCGACAUUUGA